CUUUUCCUCGCAAACAUGCCGGAAGGAUUUCCUCGGACGUUUUCUAACAUACAGUACACUGGAUCUGUAGCUGCAGCAAACUUCGAUCAACAUUUAACAGUGGAUCAUAUUCGGGAACAAUUUAUUCAUAUGACGGAGGGCAGCAAAAAGAAGCCCGUUCUUUUGGCGAUAUCUUUGGCCGGGAUAAAAGUAUGCAGUCCAGAAGGCAAGAUUGUCCACAUGGCCCACGCGCUGAGGCGCAUUUCCUACGCGACUUGUGAUCCACAGUUACGGCUCUUCGGUUUCUUGGCCCGCGAACCUCGCCUCACUCGGCAGUAUUGCCACAUUUUUCUUACCUACACUCCACAACAGGCAGAAGAAUUAAAUUCGAUCGUUGGAAAUGCAUUUAGGAUGGCUUACGCGGCACAGCUGCAAAAACAGCCCAGUUUUCAAGACGUAAUUGCAUCCCAAUUGGAUCAAACUCAAACGGAUAAAGUACUUUGGACGAAGGAAUUAUCGGCCGCCUUAAAGAAAGACAAAUUGUCUCAUCAGCCAAACAAUCAUCUACCUAAAGAGAUGGAUGUGCAGCUCUCAGCCAACGACGCGUCCACCCUCCGUUUGGCGCCUCCGAGCUCCAUCCCCGGCUUGAAGCCGGCCCACAAAUACAACGUGCUCGGCCCGACUGAAAAAUCUCAAUCUCAACAGAGCACGCCGAGCAGCGAUGAGAGCAAUUCACCAACGGAGAUGAAUUCGUAUAAAAGGAUGACUGAGAAGCCGCCCUUAAUUAAACGGAUAGCCAUGGGUUUAACGGGCACUAACCACAACGAUGAAGAUAUCUGUCCCUUAGUUAGCGAUACCAAUACGAGUUCGCCUGGCAGUCCCACGAACAGACCACUGUCCGGCGGAUACGUUAACGAAACAAACGAGAACGAGACCAGGAACAAAUCCAAUAAUCCGCUAGAGAAUCUUAAAAACGAGAACCUGGAGAGUAACUCCAACCUCACCAAACACAUAGAAAUAGACAACAAUAGGUUACUGCAGUCAUCUCCGGCGCCCGAUUCCGAGUUCAAAACGAAACGGAUAUCGCAGAUCAGUUCGAGCAGUUCAAGUUCUUGUCCAGCACAAGGAACGGAAUCGACGCUGCUUGGAUUCACACCGACCCCGCCCCCUUUGCCAGAACGGACCGAUUCUUUGAACAACAAAGAAGAAGGUGAACUCAGAUUGGCGCCCUGGUUCCAGGCGGGUAUUCCCCGUGAAAUAGCACUUGAAAUUCUCUCCCACGAGCCCAACGGUGCUUUUAUGGUUAGGGAGAGUACCAGCAAGCCGGGCUGUUUUGCAUUGUCACUAAGAGUGCCCAGGAGUUUUCAACCGUCUGGAAUUGCCCAUUAUCUUAUCGUGAGGACAAACAAAGGCUACAAAAUAAAGGGUUUCACAAAGGAGUUUACUACCCUUACCUCACUGAUCACCCACCACUCUGUGAUGCCCGAAUUGCUGCCGUGUCCUCUUUCUUUAAGCAGAUACAACCCGAGCUUCGUCAAAUCAGAUUCGAAGCGGGACUUCGCUGACAUAGACCUGGAUCCGGACUACAACACUUUGGCGGACUUUAGAAAAAUGAUGGCCGAUCUGAACGUUUAAAACCAAAUGAACCUAUUUACAGUGAACUAGUCUUUCUGUGAAAUUUAUAUAAAAGACGCAAUCGUUUGUGUACCUUGUGAUACCUUGAACGUUUUUAUUCUAUCCACCUUGUGUGUUAAUGAACUUACUUAGGAUACGGAAUUGACUGUUUUCGUUUUUUCAUAACUGCUUAAUGUUAAUGUAUAACCUAUUUUAAAUAGGUUAUUUUGUAGUUAAGCUUGGUAGUGGAGUAUUUCUAUAACUGCUUAAUUUGUCAGUUGUUUGGACCAAUGAAAACUGUUGUUUACUGUUGUAAAUUUUAAGUGACCUAGUCCCAAUAGACCAGGAAGAACAGAAUUAUGUUUGAGCUGCAUUCUCUAAAAAUUUUGCUAGUUUAAUAUUGUAACGCAAAAUUUGUUAAUAUUUUAUUAAUGUAAUUGUGUGAGCUUUAAAAGCAUGUCCAUACAAUUAUUUUUAAAAUUUAUAUUUCUAGUUUUUCUGGUCUAAAUAUAAAAUUUUGUAUAUAUAAACUGAAAUCAUUUGGACACAUAUAUUUUUGCAAUUAACUCUUGAAGUCAAUUGUAUCAAUUCAUACUUUGUUAUCCUCAUAUAUGAUCCCGCAGUAUAAUAUUGUUUAAUUAGCAAUUUACAAUGUAUGUCCAAUUAUACUAAAAUUACUAACUUUAUGUAUUUACUAGUCACAUAAACUACUAACAUGUUAUGUUUCUGGUACAUAAAAUAUUGUAAUGCUUAUGCAAUGAAUUGUUUCAGCUAAUAUAUUGAUUAAUUGAAUUACAUAAUCCAUAGGCUUGCACAUUUCAACUGUUUGUACAGUACCAAUUUGUAUAUUAAUUAUUUAUUUCUUGUAUAAAUAUAUAAUUUUAUUUA